GCUGUCAACUUAAAUCUUGAAAAUUUCGACGGAAUUCAUGGCGUUUGUUUUUUCAUAAUCAAAAAACCGCACUUAAAACCCAUAAAACAAUAUCAAAAAUAUCAAAACUCCAAUCAGCUUAAUAUGUGAAUUGUGAAAAUUAUAAAACUCUACCAAAAAAUAUGCAAUUUCUAUAAUUUUCAGUGUUUUCCAUUAACUAACCUCAAAAAACAAAAAUAAUAUGUGAACUAGACAAAGAUUUGUACAACAAUAAUUUUCAUUAAACAAAUCUACUUUAUAAGAAAAUUAACAUAUUUACAUAGACUAUAUCCAAUUGAAAAGAACUAAGAUAGAAGAUAAAAGCAAGAAAAACACGAAAAAAAAAAUGUCCACUUCGAUUGUUCAGCAAUUCGUGACGGGUCUAAAAUCCCGACAUCGCGAAGUCCAACAUAAAGCUGCCCAAUCGUUGUUUCUUUAUGUGAAAACGGAACUGCGUGAGAUGUCCCAGGAAGAGCUGGUGCAGUUCUUCGAUGACUUCAACCAUCACAUCUUCGAAUUGGUUUUGAGUACGGAUAUAAAUGAAAAGAAAGGAGGGGUUCUUGCUAUAAAAUGUUUGAUUAGCGGUGAUGUUGUGAAUACAACAACUCGCAUAUCGCGUUAUUCAACUAACUUAAGAAACUUAUUGCCUUCCAAUGAUGUGUCGGUUAUGGAGAAUGCUGCUGAAGCUCUGGUUAAAUUAGCUUCGUUACCUGGCUCCAAGGGUGCUGAAUCGUUUGACUUUGAUAUAAAAAGAGCAUUUGAAUGGCUUUCUGGUGAUAGACAAGAGUAUCGCCGCCAUGCUGCAGUUUUUAUCCUCCGAGAACUGGCACUCGCUAUGCCAACAUAUUUCUAUCAAUCCAUCUCGACGUUUUUCGAUAAUAUUUUUAAUGCCAUCUACGAUCCUAAGCCAGCUAUUCGGGAGUCGGCGGGCGAAGCCCUUCGUGCAGCCCUCAUAGUAACAUCCCAGCGAGAGAAUACCAAACAAUCGAGUAAGCCACAAUGGUAUAAGAUUUGCUUUGAGGAAGCCGAAAAGUGUUUCGCCAUCGAAGCACCUGUCUCCAAGGAAAAGGGAAUGACCCGUGACGAUCGCAUUCAUGGCGGUCUAAUUGUGUACAACGAACUGUUUCGCUGCUCGAACUCAGUGUGGGAACGUCGCUAUAGCACUCUUAAGAACCUCCAACCCGAAUCGUACCCGCGUAAGAGUCAUGCUGAUACCGGAGUUACAGCUAUAGUGCCUCGUCUCAAGGCCCCUUUCAUUGAGAAGCUGGGGAGCACCCAGACGCAUUUGGAACCGGAGCAUACCUCGUUGAAAUUUUGCGGCAUGAAUGUCCAGGAGUCCGCACAUAGUCGGCAGAUUUUAAUCGACAAUUAUUGUAAGAUUUGUGAAAAUGUCCUGGACCAGCGCAUGUCGAAGUCGGUCCAUGUCCAACAAGGCCUGCUCGAGGUUCUGCCCCGAUUGGCUGCCUUCAACCGCGAGGUCUUCGUGCUUAAGUACUUGAAGCCUGCUAUUAAUCAUCUUUUGGGUACUCUGCGUGGAAAGGAAAAGGACAGAAACAGCGCCUACAUAACCAUUGGAUAUAUAGCCGUCGCUGUGGAGAAGGACAUCGACUCGCAUCUGAAGAAUAUCAUGGAUGCUAUCAAACUAGCCCUGCCAUCCAAAGACACUCCCGUCAAACGGAAACCCAGCAUUGAUCCGGCAAUUUUCACGUGCAUCACUCUGCUGGCGAAUGCAGUCAAAUCGGGAAUUACCAAAGACGUGACCCAGAUUCUGGAGCAAAUGUUUUCGACGGGCCUUUCGCCUGCUCUGACCGUUUGCUUGAGGGAGCUGGCUGACAAUGUUACGGAGCUGAAACCCCAAAUCGCCGAUGGUUUGACAAACGUCCUCUCACAGGUCUUGAUGAACAAGCUUCCAACUGGAAUGGGAACACCCAAGCAUAAUCUAAGUGCACCAUUUGCUUCCCUUACCCUCACCGAUUCCAGCCAGCAGGAUGUUCCAACUAUUAUCCUGGCCCUGAAAACACUGGGGAGCUUUAAUUUCGAACAACAAAACAUGUUGGACUUUGUUCAGAGGUGCGCUGAUCACUUCAUCAACCACGAGCAACAAGGCAUUCGGCUUGAGGCCGUUCAAAGCUGCACUCGUCUCCUGAAGCUGGCAAUUCAGUCGUCCGAGUCGCAGUUCGAGAGUUCCAAAACCCUUAGUGAGACGGUUUCUCAUGUUCUUGAACGUUUGCUGAUUGUGGCCAUCACCGACAUUGACUGCAACGUGCGACUAAGAGUCCUCCGUUCGCUGGACGAGACUUUUGAUGCCGAGUUAGCCCAACCGGAAUCUCUAAGCGCUUUGUUUGUGACUUUGAAUGACGAAGUGUUUGAGAUUCGGGAAUUAGCCAUUGUGACCAUUGGCCGGUUGUCUGCAAUGAAUCCCGCCUACGUGAUGCCCAAACUAAGAAAGACCCUCAUUCAAUUGCUGACGGAGUUGGAACAUUCAGGAAUGAGCCGCAACAAGGAGCAGAGUGCUAGGAUGUUGGACCAUUUAGUCAUAAGUACACCGAGAUUGAUAUCUUCUUAUAUGCGUCCGAUUUUGACAAUUCUCGUGCCAAAACUCCGCGAACCUGAUUCCAAUCCUGGUGUCAUUUUGAACGUACUCCGGGCCAUAGGCGACUUGGCCGAAGUCAAUGGCGGUUCGAAUGAGAUGGAACGUUGGGCUGACGACUUGCUGUCCAUUCUACUGGAAAUGCUUGGCGAUUCAGGAAGCCCCGACAAACGAGGAGUGGCUCUUUGGACUCUUGGGCAAUUGGUCAGCGCCACUGGUCGGGUAGUGUCGCCCUAUCACAAGUACCCCGUUCUCAUCGACAUUUUGAUCAACUUCCUCAAAACCGAGCAACGUCGGUCAAUUCGCCGAGAGACAAUUCGGGUGUUGGGUCUGUUGGGAGCGAUGGAUCCGUACAAGCACAAAAUGAACAAAGGACUCAUCGACAGCCAGAAGGACAACAUUUUGAUAUCCUUGUCGGACUUUAAGGGCGACGAAAAUCAGGACAUUUCGACCGCUGAACUUUUGGUGAACAUGGGAAACCUCGACGAGUACUAUCCGGCCGUUGCGAUUUUCACUCUCAUGAGAAUCCUCCGCGACCCAACUCUGAGUCAACACCACACAAGCGUGGUUCAAGCGGUCACGUUCAUAUUUCAAAGUCUGGGCAUAAAGUGCGUCCCGUACCUUGCUCAGGUUUUGCCAAACUUGCUGGAGAAUGUUCGCAUAGCUGACAUGAAUCUGAGGGAGUUCCUCUUCCAGCAAUUGUCGACGUUAAUUGAAAUCGUGAAGCAACACAUCAUCAGCUACAUGGGCGAUAUUUUCAAGUUGAUCAAAGAGUUUUGGACCAUCAACACGCCCCUCCAGCCCACCUUGAUCAAUUUGAUUGAAAAAAUUGCCGUUGCUCUAGGAUGUGAGUUCAAGAACUACCUCUCGCAGUUGGUGCCUCAGAUUUUGAGGGUUCUGCAACAUGACAAUUCUAAGGACCGCAUAGUGACGAUUAAACUUUUGCAAGCGCUUCAGAAGUUCGGCAACACCCUUGACGAUUAUCUGCACUUAAUUGUGCCUCCGAUUGUAAAGCUCUUUGACUCCGCAUAUGUGUCGUCGCAGGUGUCGUCGGCUGCAAUGGAAACAAUCGACAAUCUUGCCUGGAUUUUGGACUUCAAUGACUUCUCUUCGAGGAUAAUUCAUCCCCUUGUGAGAGUGCUGGACACAAACCCCGAGCUAAGGGAUCAAGCCAUGUCGACUCUGCGAUCGAUGGUGAUCCAAUUGGGCAAGAAGUACCUGGUAUUCGCUCCGUUGGUCAAUCGUUCCAUAGUUAAGCAUCGCAUAGUGGACUCUAAGUACGAGAAACUCUUGACGAAAAUUCAGAGCAACACCACAAUGUGUCUGGACGACGAGUUCCACACCCGGCAAGCGAAGUACAAGAGCACCGAUGUAUCUCUAAGUGACGUGAACACAACAAUCAAGAAGUUGCAUGUUUCAGCGAGUGAUUUGCGUACCGCUUGGCAGGUUACCAGGCGUGUAUCCAAAGACGAUUGGGUGGAGUGGCUGAAGCGAUUGUCCAUAGGUUUGUUAAAGGAAUCUCCUUCGCCAGCUUUGCGAUCUUGUCGGGCUUUGGCUCAAAACUAUGAGAAACUGCUGAGAGACUUAUUCAACGCUGCAUUCAUCUCCUGCUGGACCGAGCUGGAAAAGGAGCAUCAGAACGAAUUGACACAGAGUUUGUGUCAGGCCUUGGAAGUGACCGACAUGCCAGAGAUCACUCAGACGAUUUUGAAUCUCGCCGAAUUCAUGGAGCACUGUGACAUGCCGCCCAUCCCCAUCGAGACCAAGUUGCUGGGCACUCGGGCAAUGGCGAGUCGUGCCUACGCCAAGGCAUUGCAUUACAAGGAGGACGAGUUCUUGCGUCAAAAUGAUCGCCACGUCUUUGAGUCGCUGAUCUUGAUAAACAACAAGCUGCAGCAGAAGGAGGCCGCCGAGGGUCUAUUGACAACCUAUCGCAAUGAGGCAAAUGAACUCAAGGUCCAAGGUAGAUGGUAUGAGAAGUUGCACAACUGGGACCAAGCACUCAAGCACUAUUCGGAGAAAUUGCAGGUAGAUUCGACUGAUUUGGAGGCUCGCCUAGGUCACAUGCGAUGUUUGGAAGCUCUGGGCGAAUGGUCUGAGUUGGGUUCGGUUGCCAAGCAGGACUGGGAGACGCUCGAUAGCGAUGGAAAGUCCAGAGCGGGGCAUUUAGCAGCAGUUGCUGCCUGGGGUCUGCAGGACUGGGAAGGUAUGCAGGAGUAUGUGAAGUGUAUUCCGGAGGAGACUCAAGAUGGCAGCUUCUAUAGAGCGGUCUUGGCUGUUCAUUAUGGUGACUUUGAGACGGCACAGCGUUUGAUCGACGAGACUCGAGAUUUACUCGACACCGAGCUGACUUCCAUGGCUGGAGAGUCCUACGAACGCGCCUACGGAGCGAUGGUGUGUGUUCAGAUGCUGGCCGAGCUGGAGGAGGUGAUUCAAUACAAGCUCAUUCCAGAGCGCCGUGAACCCCUCAAAACGAUGUGGUGGAAGCGGCUGCAAGGCGGUCAGCGUUUAGUCGAGGAUUGGCGAAGAAUUAUCCAAGUGCAUUCGUUGGUCGUGAGUCCUCAGGAAGACGUGCACACAUGGUUGAAGUAUGCGUCCCUGUGUCGCAAGAGCGGCUCCUUGCAGCUCUCCCACAAGACACUCGUAAUGCUUCUCGGAUCAGACCCCUCGAAGAACCCAUCCGAUCCACUGCCGUUCAACCAGCCGCAGGUGACCUAUGCCUACGCAAAGCACAUGGCUAUGUCAGACAACAUUCAGGGAGCCUACGAACAGCUAAGUCGUUUCGUCAACACUUUCAGUGCCCAAUGCAGCUGCAUUCCUGAAGAUAUUAAAAAGGAGGAUAUGAGACUCCUGGCCCGUUGCUAUUUGAGACUGGCCAUUUGGCAAAACAAACUGCAAGGCAUCCAAGACCCAGCCGCUGUCCAAGGAGCCCUGGAAUGCUUCGAAAAGGCCACAGAGUACGACAAGAACUGGUACAAGGCUUGGCAUCUGUUUGCCUACAUGAAUUUCAAGGUUGUGCAGACCCAGAAGCAGCAACUCGAGAGCAAUCCCACGGGUAUGACGGAGGUUAUGCAGUUGCAGAAGGAGAAGAUCAUCAUCGAACAGUACGCUGUGCCUGCGGUCCAUGGAUUCUUCCGUUCUAUCAGCCUGGUUAAGGGCAACUCCCUGCAAGACACGCUGCGUCUCUUGACGCUGUGGUUCGACUACGGUCAGUACUCGGAGGUGUACGACGCCCUCCUAAUCGGCAUGAAGAUCAUAGAGAUCAACACAUGGCUGCAGGUGAUUCCGCAGCUCAUUGCUCGCAUUGACACUCACCGGAAUCUUGUGGGGCAGUUGAUUCAUCAGCUGCUGAUCGACAUUGGCAAGUUCCAUCCACAGGCUUUGGUCUAUCCGCUGACAGUGGCCUCUAAAUCGGCUUCAGUUGCCCGGAAGAAUGCGGCAUUCAAGAUCCUCGAUUCAAUGCGAAAGCACUCCCUGACUCUUGUCGAACAGGCGAUGAUGUGCAGUGAAGAAUUGAUUCGUGUGGCCAUCCUUUGGCACGAACAAUGGGCCGAGGGUUUGGAGGAGGCAUCGCGUCUCUACUUUGGAGAACGAAAUGUGAAGGGAAUGUUCGAGAUAUUGGAACCACUGCAUAAUAUGCUCGAUCGGGGACCGCAAACAUUGAAAGAGACGUCCUUCAGUCAGGCUUAUGGACGCGACUUGACCGAAGCCUACGAAUGGAGCCAGAGAUAUAAGACUUCCUCAAACUGGGUUGACCUUGACCAUGCAUGGGAUAUUUACUACAACGUAUUUAGAAAGAUAUCAAGACAGUUGCCUCAGUUGACUUCCUUGGAAUUGCCGUACGUCAGUCCGAAGCUGUUGGCCUGCAAAGACUUGGAGCUGGCUGUGCCUGGAAGUUAUAAUCCAGGUCAAGAACUGAUUCGCAUAAGCCACAUUAAGACGAACCUUCAAGUGAUAACGUCCAAGCAACGACCCCGCAAACUUUGCAUCCGCGGCUCCAACGGAAAGGAUUACAUGUAUCUGCUGAAAGGUCACGAAGACUUGCGGCAAGACGAGCGGGUGAUGCAACUGUUUAGCCUAGUUAACACGUUGCUACUAGACGACCCGGACACGUUCCGACGCAACUUGACUAUCCAGCGUUAUGCCGUCAUCCCCUUGAGCACAAAUUCGGGUCUCAUUGGGUGGGUGCCGCACUGUGACACGCUUCAUACCCUCAUUCGUGAUUAUCGCGAUAAAAAGAAGGUCCCUCUGAACCAGGAGCAUCGGACAAUGCUCGGAAUGGCCCCGGAUUAUGACCAUCUCACACUGAUGCAAAAAGUCGAGGUAUUCGAGUAUGCCCUGCGUCAGACUCAGGGCGACGAUUUAGCGAAGUUAUUGUGGCUCAAGAGUCCAUCGUCAGAAGUGUGGUUCGAGCGCCGCACGAACUACACUCGAUCCCUGGCAGUUAUGUCAAUGGUUGGAUACAUACUGGGCCUGGGAGAUCGGCAUCCAUCGAAUCUUAUGUUGGAUCGAAUGAGUGGCAAAAUUCUACACAUUGAUUUCGGAGACUGCUUCGAGGUGGCCAUGACUCGCGAGAAAUUCCCCGAGAAGAUACCCUUCAGGUUGACACGAAUGCUGAUCAAGGCAAUGGAAGUGACCGGCAUCGAGGGUACUUACCGACGCACCUGCGAGAGUGUGAUGGUUGUACUGCGUCGCAACAAGGACAGUUUGAUGGCCGUCCUGGAGGCUUUCGUCUAUGAUCCAUUGCUGAACUGGCGUCUUCUCGACACCGACAAGAAUCGCCGCUCCAAAGCAAACAAUGACGGCACAACCACAAUUGGCAGUCUUACCACUGGCGAUGACGAUGAGUCAGUAAGUCUGCUACGAAGUCAAUCGAAUGCCAAGAAACCAUUCGAAACAGGGUUGGGUAUUGUGCCCAACAACACUCAAAUGGUGGCCGAAGUAACGAAUUCCAAAGCCCGCCUGAUUGUUGGCCGUGUGAAGCGUAAGCUCACUGGUACAGAUUUCCAAACGAAAAAUGCAGUUACUGUCCAACAGCAAGUUGACUUACUUAUCCAGCAAGCGACAAACAACGAGAAUCUUUGUCAGUGUUACAUUGGAUGGUGUCCGUUUUGGUAAAACCAACAAAUUUAAACAACAACAGCAACAAAAAAUGGGUAUUUGCAGUUUAUUUCUCUUCUCUCCUCUUCUCUAUAUUUUGUUUUUAAGAAAAAAAUAUUUUUUUAAAUAUGCCUACUUUAAGAACUUUAUUAAUUAACUUUAGUGCCGAUUUCUAUUGGAAAAUCGGAAGAAGAAGUACACUUAACUUAACGCGCUCUAUCUAUAAGUAAGAAUUUUGUUUAUGAUGUAAUGCUUUUUCAAUCUUAUUAUAAAAUUAAUACACAAAUAAAGUAUUUAAAGAAAAGAAACGAAUAAA